CAGAGCGCAGAGAAGCGGACGGUGGUAGAUGUUGAGCGCAAAGGCUCAGUCCGGUUCUAGGAGCGUUUCAGUCGGCGAGCUACUCCGUCUGUGCAGCCCCGGAUGGCUGCUUAACUCCACAAAAGUUCUUUUUCAUUGAUGCGACACAAGCGGAUAAUUCUCAUCUAUUUUGGAAUCUUUUAGAGGAGCGGCAUAAUGAAAUAUAAAAACCUGAUGGCUAAAGCGUUGUACGACAACAUGCCCGAGUCCCCGGAGGAGCUGGCCUUCCGCAAAGGGGACAUCCUAACUGUUAUUGAACAGAACACCGGCGGAUUGGAGGGCUGGUGGCUCUGCUCCCUGCACGGUCGGCAAGGCAUCGCCCCCGGCAACCGCCUCAAGCUGCUCAUCGGGCCGAAGUUUGAGGCCCAGUCGCCGGCCGCCGCCACCGCCCAGUCGCCUCACCAGCAGAAGGCCGGCUCGGGGGCUCAGGGGCUGUACCCGAGUCCACAGCAGCAGGUCUACCAGGUGCCCUCUGGACAAGAUGUCUAUCAAGUGCCGCCGAGGAGCACACUCGCUGCUGAUAACACGCUGAGCAAGGUGGUGACCCCCACCAGAGUGGGACAGACGUACACCUACAGCCCAGGCCAGCACAACCAACAGGACCUCUAUGAUGUCCCACCCAUUCGAUCACAGGGGGUUUAUGAUGUUCCACCAGGUCAGAUGUUAGGCUCGCCCUACCCCGGACAGCACGGAGCAGGACGGAACCAAGAUAUCUACGACGUCCCCCCAUCUCAAGUGGACCUCAGGACACAAGGACAAGAUGUUUACGACGUCCCUCCUUCUUCACAAGCGGUGUACUCGGUGCCACCCUGCAGAGCCACGCCCGCCCAGCAGGAGGGCACGUACGAUUUCCCGCAGCCUCUCAAACAGAUGCAGGAGGGCAUCUAUGACGUCCCUCCGCCCAAAAGCACGCACGACCCUCAGUCCGUUUACGACUUCCCCUCCAGCAUGGAGCCGGCCGGCCAUCAGCAUCAACAGAACAGUAACGAGGGCAUCUACGACGUCCCCCCGACGGCCCUGCUGUCCGUCGGGGCGGUCUCGCCCAGCGACGUCUACGACAUCCCGAGGGGCAUGCAGCUCUCCCAGCAUAGAAGCUUGCCCGCCGACAGGGACAAGGGCGUGUACGACGUCCCCGUCCAGGAGUCCCGAGCCGUAGCCGACGUGACCGAUGGCGUCAACCGCUUGUCGUUCUCCAGCACGGGCAGCACGCGGAGCAGCAUGUCCACGUCGUCCUCCUCCACGGCCGCCAGCUCGGAAGGCCGCUUGGCUUUGGAUGUGGACACCGCCGUGCAGAGGUUGUACCGUCUGCAGCAGGCCGUGGAGGUCUCGGUCGGGGAUUUGCAUUCCAUGGCGGCGUCUCCUCACUGGAGGACUUUUCCUUUCAUGGAGCGCCACGCCAACGACGUCCGUGCGGUGCUGGAUAGGGUCCGAGUAGGUCUGGGGGACUUUCUCGUCUUCGGGAAAGGAGCGGCGGCCAACGCCACGGCGCUUUCCGAUUCCACCCUUCACAGCAAGCUGAGGAGGCAACUGGGACGGCUGGAGGACUCGCAGCAGAUCCUCCUGCAGAUCCAUCAGAUCUUGGAGAACAACGGCUGGGCGCUGAACAUGUUGGCCACCGCCGCCAAGCACCACAACAAGAGCGACGAGCUGGAUCGCUUCGUUAUGGUCUCCAGAACGGUGCCGGAUGACGCUAAGCAGCUGGCCUCCACGAUAGGCAACGCCGCCGAGCUGCUGUUCCGACGGACGCACAUGGAGGGGUCCUUCUCGGGCGGGAGCACGCCCGACGAUAACAACAUGAGACACCCGCUAACGUCGCCGUCCUCGGAGAGCGACAUUUACGGCGGGAAGACCAAACCCUUCCCGGUGUCCUCCAGCCAAGACAAGGACAACAUGAACCAUAGCGAGAAAUGUGUUAAAAGCUGGAUGGAAGACUACGACUACGUACAUCUUCAGGGCAAAGAAGAUUUUGAGCGUCAGCAGAAGGAGCUGCUGGAGAAAGAAAAUAUCAUCAAGCAGAAUCAAGCUCAACUGGGUCAGGAACAGAUCAACCAGUUCAAGAAGCUGGAGCAGGAAGUGAUCAAACCAGUGGAGAACGAUAUCUCUCAAUGGAUGCCUCACCAACACCCGGGGAGGACGGCGACCCCCCACACCGAGACGCCGCCCCCACCCCCCUCCACGCGCACGUGCACCCGGGACCGCCAGCUUCUGGGUUUCUACUCGGAGCAAUGCGAGCAGCACUUUGUCACGCUCCUCAGCGCCGUGGACGCCUUCUUCAGCUGCGUGAGCGGCGGGCAACCACCCCGCAUCUUUGUGGCCCACAGUAAAUUUGUCAUCCUUAGCGCUCACAAACUGGUCUUCAUCGGCGACACGCUGUCCCGGCAGGCCGCCGCUCCCGAGGUGGCCAACCGGGUGAUGAACUCCAGUAACGUGUUAUGUGACUUGUUAAAAACGGUGGUGGGCGCCACCAAAGCGGCGGCACUCAACUACCCCAACCCAUCCGCCAUCCAGGAAAUGGUGGACAGAGUCACUGAUCUUUCACAUCACGCACAACAAUUCAAAGAACAAUUGCUUCAAAUGGCCAAAUGGUGAUCCCCCCCCCCCCCCCCUCCAUCUAUUAUAUAAAAAAAAUGUCAUGUUAUGUAAAUAUUUGCUCUAUUUUGGUCUAGAUUGUUUUACGUGGACGUUUUUCAUAACAUUCCAGUCAUAUAUUAUGAAGCACCUUAUGUUCCUUUCACCCAUAUCGUGUCGUUGAUGUGUCGUACUGCUGGAUGUGUGACAGUAGAUCCGAAACGAUGUUAAUAUCCGUGUGUGUGCGUUUGUGUGUUUACGUUGGAAGUGGUCGUUCUCCGCAGAUAAAGUAAAGAUUUGUUCAUAACCAUGA